AUGCGAUUUUUCUCUUCGCAGCCUCACAGCCAUUGGCGAUGCUGGGCUGACUCGUACGACGUCGACGUCGUCCAGGGCAACGUCGAGUACGUGGCGCCGCGCGCGACCGCGCUCCGCGCCCAGACCGAGGGCGGCAACAUGGCCGGGAGCAUCCUGGACGCCGGCUGCGGCACGGGUCUCGUCGGCGUCGCCAUGGCGCAGCUGGGGGCCCGGACCAUUGACGGCAUCGACCUGUCCCCGGGCAUGCUGGGAACGGCCCGCAAGACGGGCGCCUACCGCGACCUGUCCGUCGCUGACAUGAGCGAGCAAAUCGACAAGCCGGACGCGUCUUAUGACGUCAUCACCUGCUGCGGCACGUUUAUGGCAGGGCACGUCGGCCCUGACCCGGCGAUCAAGGAGCUCGUGCGUCUUGUGAGGCCGGGCGGCGUGGUGGUUGCGACCAUUAUAGACGCUGUCUUUGACAGUGAUGGAUAUCGUGCCGAGAUUGAGAGGCUGGCUAGCAAAGGGCUGAUUACAAUCGUAGUGAUGGAGAAAGAGCCUUAUCGUAUUGUGUCUAACACGUGGGCUCAUAUGGUGGUGUUGCGCCGAAAGUAG